AUGGAUAAUGGGCUUGAUGACCUUGAGUUGAGAGAGUCCCAGAGAGAGUACCUGGACUUUCUGGAUGAUGAUCAAGACCAGGGUAUUUAUCAUGAGAAAGUGAAAAGUAUGGUGUCUGAAGGUCAAUGUCGCCUCAUUGUGAACGUCAAUGACCUGCGCCGAAAAAGUGAAAAAAGAUCUAAAGAAUUGCUGAAGAAUGCUUUUGUUGAGUUAGUGGCAUUCCAGAGAGCCCUGAAAGACCUUGUGGCUUCAGUAGAUGCCACUUAUGCCAAGCAGUUUGAAGAGUUUCAUGUUGGUUUUGAAGGCAGCUUUGGAAGCAAACAUGUAUCUCCACGUACUCUAAGUGCACGUUUUCUUGGAAAUCUUGUGUGUGUGGAAGGUAUUGUGACCAAAUGUUCAUUGGUCAGGCCUAAGAUUAUGCGCAGUGUCCACUAUUGUCCAGCUACCAAGAAAACCCUGGAGCGAAAAUACACUGAUCUUACCUCUUUGGACGCUUUUCCAUCUAGUGCCAUCUAUCCAACCAAGGAUGAGGAAAAUAAUCCACUGGAGACAGAGUUUGGAUUAUGUUGCUAUAAGGAUCACCAAACAUUGACCAUUCAGGAGAUGCCAGAGAAAGCUCCUGCAGGACAGCUGCCACGCUCUGUCGACAUCAUCACAAAUGACGACCUUGUUGACCGGGUGAAGCCAGGUGAUCGUGUGCAAGUUGUAGGAGUCUACCGUUGCUUACCUGCUAAACAGGGUGGCUUCACCUCAGGGACCUUCAGAACAAUCCUGUUGGCCAACAAUGUGAAACUUAUGAGUAAGGAGAUCGUGCCAACAUUCUCUGCAGAUGAUGUUGCCAAGAUCAAGAAGUUCUGCAAAACUCAUUCCAAAGAUGUCUUUGAGCAGCUCAGUUGUUCCUUGGCUCCCAGUAUCCAUGGCCAUGAGUACAUAAAGAAGGCCAUACUGUGUCUGCUGUUGGGGGGCAAUGAGACCAAUCUGGAGAAUGGGACACGUAUCAGAGGAGACAUUAAUAUUCUGCUCAUAGGUGAUCCUUCUGUGGCGAAAUCUCAGUUGCUGCGGUAUGUUUUGUUCACUGCACCAAGGGCGAUUCCCACCACUGGAAGAGGCUCCUCUGGAGUAGGUCUGACUGCUGCUGUCACCACUGAUCAAGAGACUGGUGAGCGUCGCUUGGAGGCAGGAGCAAUGGUGCUUGCUGACAGAGGAGUGGUAUGCAUUGAUGAAUUUGAUAAGAUGUCUGACAUGGACCGAACUGCCAUCCAUGAGGUGAUGGAGCAGGGGAGGGUCACCAUUUCCAAGGCUGGGAUUCAGGCCAGGCUUAAUGCCCGCUGCAGUGUGCUAGCUGCUGCUAACCCAGUGUAUGGAAGGUAUGACCAGUAUAAGACUCCAAUGGAGAACAUUGGGCUCCAGGAUUCCCUGCUUUCCCGAUUUGACCUGCUCUUCAUUGUUCUGGAUCAAAUGGAUGCAGAUAGUGAUCGGGAGAUCUCUGAGCAUGUUCUGCGUAUGCACCGCUACCGAGCUCCAGGGGAGCCAGAGGGUGCAGCAAUGCCACUGGGGAGUACAGUGGAUGUGUUUGCCACAGAGGACCCAAAUAUCACAGAUGCAGCUGAGCAGGAGCUACAAAUCUAUGAGAAAAAAGACAAUGUCCUGCAUGGCCACAGGAAGAAAAAGGAGAAGGUAGUUACCAUGGAGUUCAUCAAAAAGUACAUCCACGUCGCAAAACAGGUGAAGCCAGUUCUGACACAGGAGGCAUCGGACUACAUAGCAGAGGAGUAUUCCAGACUCCGGAGCCAUGACCAAGUCAACAGUGACUCAGCCAGGACAAUGCCUGUGACUGCUCGAGCUCUGGAGACCAUGAUCCGAUUGGCUACAGCCCAUGCCAAGGCCCGUAUGUGUAAAACCAUUGAACUGAGUGAUGCAGAGACUGCACUGGAACUCAUGCAAUUUGCUUAUUUCAAAAAGAUUCUAGAGAAGGAUAAAAAGAGGAAGGUUCCUGAGGACUCCGAGAUGGACAUCUCUCAGAGCCAGGAGACCGCGAGUCAGAGGAAUGUUAGGAAGCGCUCUCGUGUCUCUAAAGAUGAUGUUGAAAUGACCCAAGACGAAGAGGACUUGGACCCAUACGACUUCACAGAAGAUGAAAAAACUCCGUCCAGUCAGAAAAGCAGACCAGCAUCUCAGAGGAGCAAUCAAAGGAAGAAGGCAGACAUUAGUCAGGACAGAUUGAAAGUCUUCAAGUCUGUUCUACUGAAAGCCUUUAAGAUGACCAGAUCUCAGUCUGUGGCAGUGUCAGAGCUUCUGACUCACAUUAAUAAAGACGGGGAUGAGCAGUUUGACCAGGACGAGGUUGACCUUCUGCUGGAACGCAUGCAGGAUGACAACCAGGUCAUGGUAUCAGAGAAUGUUGUGUUUCUUAUCUGA